AUGUUGCUUUUAUUGUAAACACCCCCCGCGUGCCUCCUCCUCCCCCUUCCUCCCCCCUCCUCCUCUCUCAUUUAAAAACCAACCUGGAGUCUGUUAAUCUGUCAUAAAGUCCUCAGUGACUGAAGCAAUAAUUAGUUUUAGAUCUAACAGCCUCUCAGCUUCUUUCAUUCAGCCGCUCUGCUCCGUCGACGCGCCACCAUGACGCGCAUCGCUCCUCUUCUCGCUGUCAUUUUAACAUCAUCACUCCUGAGCCGCACCGCUGCACAAACCACGAUCCUCUGCGCUUGGACUAAAGUUACAUCCAACCAAGAAGCGCACUACACUUUUCUCCGGCAGGCCGCUUCAUCCCUGCGCCUCUAUCACAGCGUCUGGUCCGGGGAGCGCACUCAUCUGCUCGGCUGCUCCUGGAGCGACGACGCAGCGUUGAUCCAGAACUAUUUGUCUCUGUGCCAGGAGCGCACGCAGGAGUUUUCAGAUCAUCCAGAUGAUGAACGUUUCUAUUUGGACUCCGUGUUUUUUGAGGCAGAGGAUGUGUGCGUCUCUCUGGAUUCUCCGGAGCUCACCGAGCUCACUGAGCGCGCGGGGAAGAGGGAGGCGAGGAGCGUCGGGGGUCGUCAAGAUCGACAUGAAAGGUCAGAGGUCAAGAGCCAUCAGCGUGUGAAGCGCGGUUUCAUUGUGCCGGGGACUCUCUGGUGCGGAUCUGGCAACAAGGCGCCAUCAUAUGCAGAUUUAGGAGUUUUUUCAGACACAGACAGCUGCUGCCGUGAACACGACCAGUGCAAAGACACCAUCCUGUCCUUCGACUCCAAGUUCGGCGUCUUCAACAGCAACAUCUUCACCAUGUCGCACUGUGACUGUGACAACAAGUUUCGCAAUUGUCUAAAGGAGGCGAACGACAGGAUAUCUGACGUAGUGGGAUAUACCUUCUUUAACCUGCUGAAGAUGCACUGCUUCGAGUUUUCCCACGAACUCCAGUGUGUAGAGAGAAACUGGUUUGGAAUGUGUAAAGAGACUCAAAUGGCUCUAUAUGCUGUGGUGCAUCCACCCACGCUCUACGAGUACGCCACUCCAACCGAGGUCAGCAUGAACAGCACAAGCUUCAUCAACACUACCACACCUGCAGGAAGCCUGCAGAACAGCACGUCUGACCCACACCUGUUCUCCAUCGCUGCCGCAGCAUCCACCGUCCCCACACCUUCAACCAGCUCCCCGUCUACCUCCAUCGCUCCUGUUACCAACGUUACGGUCUCCACAGAUAAUCACACAUCAGAGGCACCGACAGGAUCAACACCUGAGCAUAGAGAUGAUCUGGGGAACACUUUACCCACCAAAACCCAAACUCUGCCUGAGCAGAAUAUCACAGACAACCGGCUGUCAUGUGGUAUUUAUAAGGAUCUUGACGAGUGCAGGAACAAAAUCCUUCCCCGGCAGGAGAGAUACGGCCUCCACAACUCUGAGCCCAGGACUCUGUACCACUGCAACUGUACAACCAGAUUCUUUCAGACUUUGGCUAAACAGAGACAACUGACCGAAGUACAAACUCUUCUGCUGGGACACAUCUCUCAGUCCUGCUUCCUGCGUCAGGACUGCACAGCAGGCAACAUCUGUACAGCAGUCUUGGUGAAAGCAGAGCUCCCUCAGCUGGACCAGAGCAGCGGUGCAGACGUGGAGGAGCAGCUCCAUCUACAGGCAGUGAGACUGAAGGUCAGGAGACCAAACACAAGGAGAGCUAAAAGAAAAGACCGAGCCGUCAGACUACACAAACUGUGUCUCAGGAUGGUCCGGCCCAAACUGAAGAAGAACAGAAAACAAGCUGCUCUUCAGCCAGCCGUAGGAGGAACGAGGCUCAUCUGAAUGUGUUCAAUAUGAAAUAGAUAAAUAAGACAUCAUGAAAUACAUUAUCAAAAACACAUAUUAUAAACUUGAACUUGUGAAUCAACCCAAUACAUUUUUAAAAUUCAGCUCAUCUUGUUUCUAGUCUAAUUCUAACAGGUUUAGGAUGUUAAAAAGACAAAAGCUCAAAUUUUAGAAAUAGGACAUAAAUAAAUUAAAAUGUGGAAAGAUUCAGACUGAAAUAACAUUUUAUAAUAAUGAGCUGAGUUUUAAAAGUUUGAUGGAUUAUUUCCCAACUUCAUAUUUAUAUGAUGUGUUUUUAUCUGCAUUUAUUAACAUGGUUAUUCAUUUUAUAAUGUCUUUAAUUAUUUAAUAUUGAACUCUUUGGGUCUCCGUUACACAUUGUAGUAUUAUGUAUUUAUAUUGUCUACAUCAGGCAUGUAGUGGAACUCAGUAGGUGUCAGUGUCUAUGUUUUUUAAAGGGAGAUAAAGUAAGAAAACCUGAAAACCAUUUUCACAGCAGACAUUUUGAAACAUCAGGAACAGCACAGGUGUAACUAA